CCUGGGCGCUGCGAUAGGGCGGCGGGGCGUGCUCGCGGGGCGCCGCGGGGAGGCGCCGCGGCUGAAGGUCCCGGUGCGGCCACCCGGAACCGGGGCCGGCGACCCAGGCUGGGGCCGGGCCAGGCGGGGCGGGGCGUCCGGCCGUGUCGCGCCCGCCUGGCUCCCGGGGCCAGGGCCGCUAAAAUGGCGGCGGCGGCGGCGGUGACAGCGUCCCGCGCCGGGCCCGGGGGCCCGGUCGCCGCGUCGGGGGCCGACUAGCGCCUUCCCGGGCGCCGCGGCCCGGCCCCCUGGGCGCUCGCUCGCGGCCCCCACCCGGGCCCUCGGUCCGCCCUCCCCGUGCGCCCAUGAACUCCGUGUCGCCGGCCGCCGCGCAGUACCGGAGCGGGAGCCCGGAGGACGCGCGCCGCCCCGAGGGCCGCAGGCCGCGGGGCCCCCGGGUUCCGGACCCCAACGGCCUGAGGCCGUCUGAAGCCAGCGGCCCCGCUCUUGGCUCGCCCGCGGCCGCCCCUGGGGAGCCCGACGAAGUGGACAAGUUUAAGGCAAAGUUCCUGACAGCCUGGAACAACGUCAAGUACGCCAGUGCUUCAUCUGGCUGGGUGCUGCCCCACGUCUCCCCAGGUUGGGCAGUCAAAAGCCGGACCAGCUUUAGCAAGAUCUCCAGCGUCCACCUCUGCGGCCGCCGCUACCGCUUCGAGGGCGAGGGUGACAUCCAGCGUUUCCAGCGGGACUUCGUGUCGCGCCUGUGGCUCACGUACCGCCGGGACUUUCCGCCCCUCGCUGGAGGCUGCCUGACCUCCGACUGCGGCUGGGGCUGCAUGCUGCGCAGUGGGCAGAUGAUGUUGGCCCAGGGCCUGCUGCUGCAUUUCCUGCCCAGAGACUGGACCUGGGCUGAGGGCUCAGGCCCAGGACCCUCUGAGCCAUCAGGGCUGGCCUCUCCCAACCGUUACCGUGGGCCUGCACGCUGGGUGCCCCCGCGCUGGGCCCAGGGCACCCCCGAACUGGAGCAGGAGCGGCGGCACCGGCAGAUCGUGUCCUGGUUCGCCGACCACCCCCGGGCCCCCUUUGGCCUGCACCGGCUGGUGGAGCUUGGGCAGAGCUCAGGCAAGAAGGCAGGGGACUGGUAUGGGCCGUCUCUGGUGGCACACAUACUCAGGAAGGCUGUGGAGAGCUGCUCGGAGGUCACCCGCCUGGUGGUGUAUGUUUCUCAGGACUGCACAGUGUACAAGGCAGAUGUGGCACGCCUGGUGGCCAGGCCGGACCCCACAGCUGAAUGGAAGUCCGUGGUCAUCUUGGUGCCGGUGCGGCUGGGUGGCGAGACUCUCAACCCCGUGUACGUGCCCUGUGUGAAGGAGCUCCUGCGUUCCGAGCUGUGCCUGGGCAUCAUGGGGGGCAAGCCACGGCAUUCACUGUACUUCAUUGGCUACCAGGACGACUUCCUGCUCUACCUGGACCCCCACUACUGCCAGCCCACCGUGGAUGUCACUCAGGCUGACUUCCCCCUGGAGUCCUUCCACUGCACCUCACCCCGAAAGAUGGCCUUCGCCAAGAUGGACCCGAGCUGUACAGUGGGGUUCUAUGCUGGAGACCAGAAGGAGUUUGAGACGCUCUGCUCAGAGCUAACCAGGGUCCUCAGCUCCUCCUCAGCCACUGAGCGCUACCCCAUGUUCACCCUGGCUGAGGGCCAUGCUCAGGACCACAGCCUGGAUGACCUCUGCUCCCAGCUCUCCCAGCCAACACUGCGGCUCCCUCGCACAGGGCGGCUCCUCAAGGCCAAACGCCCGAGCUCGGAGGACUUCGUGUUUUUAUAACGGGUGGGGUUGAGGGAGAUGAGCACUAUUUAUUUUUUUAUUUAUGUCAUGCUGGGUGUGGGAGCUUGAAACCUGGAGGUGAUGGGUCUUCCCCUUCUCACCCCCUUGACAAGUGCAGCUGAGACCAGUCCAGGAAACCUCAGAACUGGGGGCCCCCUAGGCAGGGGCAGUCCGCCUGCCUCUGGCCACCUGGGCCCUCCGCCCAGGGCAGGGAGGGAGGGCUCCCAGACACCCACUCAGGGCCUGACUCUAGUACUGUAGUUUGCACUGGACCACCCGUGCCCCUCACUGGUCCCAAAGCCCCUACCCUGCUGAGGUCUAGGGGCGGUGGGGGGGAACUGUGGCCACUGGGGGCUAAUAAAGCCGUUUAACUUGA